GGUUGGCAGAGAUACUCCAUUAAGGGAAAAGUGAGCUCCUUGGAAUGAUGUGUAGUGAAAGGAAGCUGCUGCCAUGUGUGCCUCAACUGAGCAAAGAUUGCUCUGCAUCUUGUAAGACCUGUAUUGACUAUGAGUACAUUCAACUCUACAGGUUUAAAGCAAAAACUUUGAUCAGUGAAUGGACAAAGAGUUGUUGAGAGAGAUAUCAGAAAAUUCCGUUGGGGUUGUAUCUACUGGCAAGAAAUAUGAAUGUGAGAGAGUGAAAAAGACAGAGAAAACCAAAAAUGGGGAAGAGUCUUCAGAUGGGAAGAAGAAAACAAAGGAUAUCAAGGUGAAGAAUUCAUCUAAUGAAGAUGAUUCCAGACAAAGCAGACAAACAAGAAAAAAAGAUAGAUCUAGAUUCAGAUUCAGAAGAGGAGACGCAGUCAGUAAAGAAAUCUAAGAAGCCACCAGAGAGAAAACCAUCCUCUUUAAAACCUGAUAAAGUUCUUAAGCAGGAUCCUGUUUAUGUUUCAGAGACAGAUGACGAAGGUGACUUCAUUAAUAAGAAGACUUCCCAGAAACCCAAGGAGAAUGGAACAUCAGCAAGCAGCUGCCUAGGAACAACAGGAGCAAGAAAGGAGGAUGCAAAAUCACAAGCUAAAAGUAAACCUUUAUCUCCAAUAAAAUUGACGCCAACCUCAGUACUCGAUUACUUUGGAACUAGUAGCGUGCAUCGAUCGGAAAAGAAAUUGGUAGCAAGCAAAAGAAAAGAACCUUCACAAAGCAGAGAUUCAUUGCUAGAAGAUGAGGCCAUUGCUAAGCAACUGCAGUUAGAGGAAGAUUCAGAGCUAGAGAGACAAUUGCAUGAGGAUGAAGAAUUUGCCAGAACUCUGGCCAUGUUGGAUGAAACACCAAAGAAAAAAAAGGCUCGAAAAGAUCUGGAAGAGAAGCUAACCAUUUCGACAACCAAGACCAGUUCAAAUGCAACAGAAAAACAUAAAUUGUCUCAAAAAGGGGAAACAUCAAACUCAACAGAUGACACAAGAAAUUAUAGUGCGAAGGAACAAACUAAAUCUGAAAGUACAAGACCAUCUUGUCCACAUCCAGAAACUUCUGUUGGAAAAGCCGUGCACUCAGAGAAUAAGACCUUGCCUUUGAAACCUAGCUCUAAGCUGCUGGCUCUGAAACAAAAAGAAGAGAGCAAUAAAAAGGAGAGAGAGACUCCCAGUGCAGUGACAAAAGAAAAAAUAAUUUCAGGAAAGGAAGAGAAGAGAACACCAAAGAAACGGAAAGUUUCUCCCCAAAAGCCUGAGUCUAUUAGUCCUGAGGACUCUGAAAAGAAACGAGUCAACUACGAGGCAUAUCGAAGCUUCCUUAAUCGAGAGGGUCCAAAAGCACUAGGUUCCAAAGAGAUACCGCAAGGAGCUGAAAACUGCUUGGAGGGCCUGACGUUCGUAAUUACAGGAGUCCUGGAGUCUAUUGAACGAGAUGAGGCCAAGUCUUUAAUUGAGCGUUAUGGAGGAAAAGUGACUGGUAAUGUGAGCAAGAAGACAAACUAUCUCAUUAUGGGGCGUGACUGUGGCCAGUCUAAAUGUGAGAAGGCAUCAACAUUAGGGACAAAAAUUAUUCAUGAGGAUGGCCUAUUUGAUCUGAUUCGAACUAUGCCAGGCAAAAAGUCCAAAUAUGAAUUAGCAGCUGAAGCAGAGGCAAAUAAAGCAAAGUCAAAAUGGGUCAAGACCCCACAGAAAACGGAGCCUGAAACAAGAAAAAUUAGCCCAGCUAAGAAAGAAACUGACUCUAAAAAAAGCAACUCCACUCCUGAAAAAGGAGGCACCUUCAGAGCUAUAAAAAAAGAAACUACUGAAGCUCAGAAAGGUCUGGACUUCAAGCAGCAAACUAUGGAGAAGAAGCAUGCCCCAAAGACUGAAGAGAGUUGUGUUCCUGAGAUAAGCAAAGGCAGAGCAGAGGGGUUGUUGUGGGUUGAUAAAUAUAAGCCCACAUCUCUUAAAACAGUAAUUGGACAGCAAGGAAAUCAAAGCUGUGCCAAUAAGUUGUUACGAUGGCUCCAAAACUGGCACAAGAAUACUUCUGAGGAAAAACAUGCAAAACCCAAUAAAAUGGGAGGCAAAGAUGAUGGUACUAAUUUUAAAGCAGCUUUGCUGUCAGGUCCACCAGGAGUUGGUAAAACGACUACAGCUGCUUUAGUUUGUGAGGAACUGGGGUACAGCUAUGUGGAACUGAAUGCUAGUGACACUCGCAGUAAGAACAGUUUGAAGGACGUGGUUGCCGAAUCUUUAAAUAACACCAGCAUGAAAGACUUCUGUUCUGGAACAUCCCAUUCAGUUAGCAUGAAACAUGUAUUGAUCAUGGAUGAAGUGGAUGGAAUGGCAGGGAAUGAAGACAGAGGAGGAAUACAGGAGUUAAUUGGUCUGAUCAAAACCACAAAGAUUCCUAUCAUAUGUAUGUGUAAUGAUCGGAACCAUCCCAAGAUUCGUUCCCUGGUCCAUUACUGUUUUGAUCUUCGCUUUCAGAGACCUCGGCUAGAACAGAUUAAGGGUGCCAUGAUGUCUAUUGCAUUUAAAGAAGGGUUAAAGAUACCCGCUCCAGCUAUGAAUGAGAUAAUUCUGGCAGCAAAUCAGGACAUUAGGCAGGUUUUACAUAAUCUUAGUAUGUGGUGUACAAAAAAUAAAUCACUGACCUAUGAUGAGGCAAAAGCUGAUGCCAGCAAAGCCAAAAAGGAUAUCAAACUGGGCCCCUUUGAUGUUGUCAGGAAGGUUUUUGCUGCUGGAGAGGAAACUGCUCACAUGUCUCUUAUAGACAAAUCCGACCUAUUCUUCCAUGAUUACUCUCUAGCACCUCUUUUUGUCCAAGAAAACUAUGUACAUGUGAAACCUGUUGCUGCUCGAGGUAACAUGAUAAAACACUUGAUGCUACUGAGCAGAGCAGCAGACAGUAUAUGUGAUGGUGAUCUAGUCGACAGGCAGAUUCGCAGUAAGCAAAACUGGAACCUUCUGCCUACGCAGGCCAUUUAUUCGAGUGUUCUCCCUGGGGAACUAAUGAGAGGUUACAUGUCACAGUUUCCUAACUUUCCAGGCUGGCUGGGGAAAUUUUCAUCCACAGGCAAACAUGACCGGAUUGUUCAAGAACUGGCACUGCACAUGAGUCUCAGAACCCACACCAGCAAGAGAGCCGUAAACCUGGAAUAUUUGUCAUACUUGCGGGAUGCACUUGUUAGACCCUUGACAAGCUUAGGAUCAGAAGGUGUAAAGGAUACUGUAACAUUCAUGGACUCCUAUUGCUUGAUGAGAGAAGAUGUUGAAAAUAUUAUGGAAAUAUCCAGCUGGGGAGGCAAACCUAGUCCCUUUUCUAAACUGGACCCCAAGGUCAAAGCAGCUUUUACACGUACCUAUAACAAAGAGGCACAUUUGACACCAUAUGCCCUGCAUGCAGUAAAAACAUCUAAACGGCUGCCAGGGCCCGGGUUGGCUUCAGAAAUGAAUGAAGAAUUGAAUGCUGACGAAUUGCAGUCUGAUGAGGAUGAGCAAGAUACUAUUGAAAGUGAUGCAAUGAUCAAGCAAAAAAAGGCAAAGUCGUCUUCCAAGCUGUCAAAAGCAGCAAACAGAGAAGAAACAAAAAAAGGAAAAGGGAAAGGAAAGAAAUGAGAAACUGAACUGUUCAGUACUGACUGAUUACAUUGGGUAACCACUCUAGCUUUGGACACAGCUUUGCUUGCUAAAGAUACCCACUUUCAGUAAGGUGAAGCAGUGAUUCUAUUGCAGCUGGAAGGGUAGAACCAGUGGGCUGAAAAUGCUCCUCUUAUAGAGGUAGUGUGGCUGCUUUGCAAUCCAAAUAUGCAGGGGUAAUGUAAAUGUUUACAAUCUUUUUUUUUUUAUGCUUUGCAGCAUGUUAACAAACUGCAGACUUUAGUCUGCUGCUGGAAGGUCACCUGUAGUUUCAGCAGAAACAUGUUGAAAGAGGGGUUUAGCUUCCUGCCAUUUAUACUAAUAGUUUUCUUCACAGGACUUUGAACCUUUUUACUAAAUCUCUGCUAUUAUGUGGUGAAAUCUUGUAAAUACUGCCAAAAUUUAAAUUGCAUAUUUCUUUUGUACAUUAUAAAAAUGCAGCAAUGUAUAAAAUUGCAAUAAAAUUAGUUUCACAAA